AUGAGGCUCUCCUCCGGGAUUCUCGCCUUGGGCUUGUCCUGCUGGACGACCCUGGCCCACGAGGUCACCAUUGAUGCUACGGAUGCCAAUCGUCAAUAUUGCUCUGGCAUGUACAGUCGGCAGUCGUGGGGCGGAUCUGUUGACCCAUUCAUUCAGGUCAAGUUUCUCAACUCUAGUAUACCAGAAGGCACCGAUCCCAUCGUGAGCUUGAUAAUCUUCCAGUGGCGAGACAAUAAUCUUGUUGGCGUCCUUGAUGCAGAUGGCCAAAGAAGACUACCGAUUUGCACCGACGAGUUUGUCAAUUCCGGCCACUGCAAUAACACGGAUAUCGGCCAGUUUCUGGUCUCUCCCAAUGCCACCGCAAAGUCAAACGCCCUCAUUUUCACAAAAGCUGUCCACCUCAAGGACCCGGGCCCGCUGCGCUAUUCCUUGAAAAAGACGGGAUAUUACUGUGUUGUGACACAAGGCUACACCGUCGACCGCUACAAAGCUAUCGCUGAAUUUCGAAAUGCAUACGGCGAACUGCAAGCAACCCAGAUUCCCAAACUCCCUUUCUACGGCGCCAUGUCCAUCAUCUACACGCUUAUUACAGGAUACUGGGGCUUUCUGUACUACCAGCAUCGCCACGACAUCUAUUUCCAAAACAAUGGGGGCUCCGGCGUGGGAUCCAAGGCCUUCCUCAUUGUAGUUGGCAUUCUGAAUGCUGCACGCAACUCUUUUUCAUUCUUUCUUCUGCUCAUUGUGUGCAUGGGAUAUGGUGUCGUCAAGCACACUCUUGGGCGGACCAUGACCUAUGUUCGAUGGCUGGCGGCUGCCCACUUUGUCUUUGGUCUGGUCUAUUCCAUCACAAGUCUGGUUGUUUCGCCUGAAAGUGCCGGCCCGUUUGUCCUACUCAUCAUCUUACCUCUAGCCGGAACGUUGACGGCUUUUUACGUGUGGACACUCAACUCUCUCAAUUUCACGCUGAAAGAUCUGAGAGAGCGGAAGCAGCAUGCAAAGGAGGCCAUGUACAGAAAACUUUGGUGGUCCAUUCUCGUCAGCAUCAUCAUCGUCUUUGCCUUCUUCUUCUUCACAAGCUUCACCUUUGCCUCCAUAAAUGACCCCGAAUUUGUUCCGAAUCAUUGGAAAACACGGUGGUUUAUCCUGGACGGCUGGCUCAACAUUGUCUACUUUGCAGACGUCGCAUUCGUCGCCUACGUGUGGCGCCCCACCGCCAACAAUCGCCGUUUUGCCAUGAGUGACGAGAUUGCUCAAGAUGACGACGGAAACUUUGAGAUUGGCGACAUUGGCGUCCCCGAUGACUGGGAUGACGAUGAAGAGGUCCAGACUGGGAAGGAUCAGCCUCACCCUCCACCAGUCACGGGAAUCACCGGUUCCGCCCUAAGUCAGCCAAACGGUCGUCAGCAGACCUCCUCGCGAAGCAUCCCGCGGGAGUCCAUUGACGGGGAGACAAUCUUUGCUGUAGGUGAGGAUGGCGACAGAUUCUCAGAUGACGGAAGUGACGAAGAGAAUGCCAAGCUUGUACGAAAUAAGUGA